AUGCAAAAUGGACUUGGAUACAUUGCUCUCGAUGGUGGCGAUUUUCAUCACUUUGUUCACCCAGUUGAUCCUCCACUCUUCUCGAUCGCAGAUGGUUUGAAGACUGAGCAGCUUCCUGUCGACGCUAAUGCCCUUAAAAUUGACUUUGGCAAACAUGCUGAGUUGGUUUUGGUAAAUGUGAAAGGGGAGCAACAUCCGUUCCACUUGCAUUCACACUCUGUGUAUAUCGUGGCUUCUGGAACGGCACCACUUGAGCAAAUUUUUAACAAUACGCUACCGCCUCCGAAUUUAGUGGACCCGAUGACUCGGGAUGUGUAUACUGUUGAGCCUUGCAAACUUGAUGGGAAUGGUACCUGUCAGGAAGCUGGAUAUGUGGUCUUGCGCUUCAAUGCUGACAGUCCAGGUGUUUGGGUCCUCCACUGCCACAUUGACUGGCACAUUGAAGCCGGGUUGUCUAUGAUGUAUGUGGAAGGUGAGGAAGAGCUACAACAAAGAGGAGCAAAAUCCUUUUCCAACGCCGUCCUCAGUGUCUGCGGCAGAAAUAGCCGAUUCUCACCGACAUGA